GAAGCCAAGGGGGCAAGGAGCCAGGGGGCAAGAAGCCAAGGGGACAAGGAGCCAGGGGGCAAGAAGCCAAGGGGACAAGGAGCCAGGGUACACGAAGCCAUUAUCGCCCGGGAUCAAGGCGAAGUAAAGCCACAGAAAAUGGGGUUCCAGAUGUCGAAGUGCGUCUGUGUGGAGGCCAAGACGGGCCAGCACGAUGGCGAGGGCAGCGUCGACGCCGUCAGCAAGAAGAGGCGCUGGUUUGACUUUUGGUCUCAUAGGAGGCCGUCUCCAACCAUGUGCAAGGUCGAGCGAGCAUUGAAAGCGGCGCUCCUGAUCCAGCGGUGGUACAGGAGAUACUGCGCCAGACUAGAGGUCCGCCGACGCUACACUUGGACUAUCUUUCAGUCUAUCGAAUACGCCGGAGAACAGGACCACAUGAAGCUGUACAGCUUCUUCAACGCCCUCCUCACACACAUGGGCACCGGGAACAUGACGGAGGUUAUGAUGGAGGCCCUCUCGCCCAGGACCUCUCCGUCCUCCAUAGACGAUGAGAGCGAAGGAGAGGAGAUGUCCACACGGAAGCUGUUGGACGAGGCGUGGACGAAGGACGUGAAGGUGGAGAGCAGCUACAAGGGGCCCCACCUGGCGGCGCCCCUCACCACCGACUCCAUACACCAGAUAGUCGACGCCUUCAAGAAAAAGAAGGCUCUUCACGCCCGCUACGUGUACAUGCUGCUGCAGGAGGCGGUGCGGGUGCUGCGACAGCGCCCCACCGUCAACCAGGCCUCCGCCGCCAUCUCGGGUCAGAUCACGGUGGUGGGUGACCUGCACGGCAAGCUCAACGACCUCAUCACCAUCCUCUACAAGAACGGGCUGCCAUCGACAGACAACCCGUACGUGUUCAACGGCGACUUCGUGGACCGCGGCCGUAAGUCUCUGGAGGUCAUCCUGUUGCUGCUGGCGCUGGUGAUCGUCUUCCCCUCUGAGGUGUUCCUCAACCGUGGCAACCACGAGGACCUGGUCAUGAACGCCAGGUACGGCUUCUGCAAGGAGGUCAACCGCAAGUAUAAGGCGCCUCACGGGCCGAGGAUCCUGCGGCUGCUGGAGGAGGUGUACCGCUGGUUGCCCCUGGCUACCGUCAUUGACAACAAGGUUAUGGUCGUCCACGGCGGCAUCUCCACCGAUAUCGACCUCAAGGAGAUCGCCAACAUCGACAGGAGCAAGUACGUGAGCGUGUUGAGGAGUCCAGCGGCCACGCUGCCCGACGGCGAGUCCCUCUCCUGCGACACCCUCAGCAGCCCCACAGAUCUUGACAGAGAGGCCCGUCUUGCGGCUGCCAACUAUGAGUGGAAGCAGGUGCUGGACCUACUGUGGAGCGACCCACAAACGGAGUUCGGCUGUCAACCCAAUGCCUUCAGAGGUGGGGGCAGCUACUUCGGCCCCGACGUCACCAGGGACUUCCUCGUCAAACAUGGCCUCGCUCUCCUCAUACGCUCACACGAGUGUAAAUUGGACGGCUACGAGUUUACCCAUAACAACACGUGUCUGACCAUCUUCUCGGCGUCUAAUUACUACGAGGCCGGCAGUAACCGGGGCGCCUACGUCAGGCUCCAGGGCCCCGACCUCCAGCCCCACUUCAUCCAGUACACCGCCCACACCAAGACGCGGAAACUAACUAUCCGGGAGCGGGUGGGGCGGAUGGAGACGUCAGCCUUCAGAGACCUCCGGGAGCAGAUCCUCGCCUCAAAAUCCAGGCUCCUGGAGGCCUUCCAGCAGAGGGACGUCGACAAGACAGGUUACAUCGGUGUCGGGGACUGGGUGGAGGUGAUGGCGAGGGAGAGCAGCCUCAAGCUACCCUGGCGAGUCCUCAAGGAUAAGCUGGUGACUCUCCACCCGACCUCCGGCCAGGUCAACUACACCACCACCUUCCUCGACGACACCUUCAAGAAGGACCUGGCUGUUAAGGGAGGACCGACGGUGGUGGAGGCGCUCUACCGUCACAAGAACAGCCUGGAGACCAUCUUCACCCUCAUCGACAAGGACAACUCAGGUGUGAUCAGCAUGGAAGAGUUUAGCGAGACGUGUGAGCUGCUCAGUCGCCACAUCGACGUCUCCAUCUCCAAGCAAGAGAUCGCCGACCUGGCGCGCUCCAUCGACAUCAACAAAGACGGUUCCAUCGAUUUCAAUGAGUUUCUGGAGUGUUUCCGCAUCGUGGAAUCGAGUAGGAGAGAAGCGGAGGACGAGGACGACGAGGAGGACGAUGAUGAGGACGAGAACGACGACCAGAAUCGUGGCGCUAAUCCGCAGAACGAAGCAGGAGACGACAAGGUGCUCGCUAAGCUCGACUACAAGCACUUGUAACAUUUCUCUCUCUCUCUCUCUCUUAUGGAUAUACACACACGGAGUAUAUCUCGGUGUAUAUAUAUAUAUACAUACACGUCGAGUUUUCUUUAGACCUGGAUUUUAUCGCGGACUAAAGUAUACUUGUUGGUUUAUCUCUAAACUUUUGUGGUGGCCCCAGGUGGCUCUCCAGAGGUUGACUCCAACCGAACAUAAACGAAGCAUUUCUCACUCCCUCCGUGUUCUCGUGUACUGGGGCGAGGACCUUACACGCCUGAACCGGUUUCCCGUUUUAUACAAAACGAAAUAUUUAUAAUGGUCGAAUAUCGUCAAAGUUCACCUUGAGUCCUAACAAUUAGAACUUUUAUUGCACAUAAAUCGUGCAUUUUUUUCUAUUGCUCGUCAUGACUGUUAAACGUAAUAUUUAUUAGAUAAUCAUAUAUGCAUGUAUUUGUUGCAUUUUGCAAAGACAACGGGCAUAUAUUCUCUCUUGAACGCGUUGGUGCAUGCGUUGCCAGCUGGUGUUCCAGGGUCCGUCCACUUGGAUUGGUCGGUACAGUGACCUUGCUUAGUGCAGGAUCGGUGUUCGAUCCCCGAUGGUCCAAGUGGUUGGGCACCAUUCUUUCACUCCGUCCUCAGAUUCAAGCUAUUUGUACCCAUUUCCUACUUUGUCUUCAUAUCCCAGCUCUUAGUCUAUCUCAUAUCCUUUCUAAGUCCUCUAUAGUCAUACUGGUUUAUAGUUUUCUCCUGAUAAUUACCUUAACAAAUGUACUCCUCCUACAAUUUAUAAAGGAAACAUUAUUACAACUUUUAGCCAGAUUCACCUUUGAUCUCGGAUUUAUUUGUAAGAUUUGUCAAGAUGUUUAAAUACGACCACAGCAUUUAGCAAUGUUAAUAUUUCCUGACACCUGGAGGUGUGAGGAAGCCAGCAGCGGCCAGCCCAGCCGGCCACCUGACACCUGCAGGUGUAGGGAGGCCGGCUGUGGCCAGCCCAGCCGGCCACCUGACACAAACCCGCCUUUAACAAAAACAAGGCAUUCGAAGUACCCCUUUUCUCAGCUUCAUAUAUUCCGUAGUUGUACGAAACUUUCAAUUUGUAUCUCAUUAAUAAACUACAAUAACAAUG